UAAAACCCAAGAAGGACGGUGGCGAGCGAUGGCGGAGUCCGUGCCCGUAUCGCUCGCUUUCGAAAGUUACCGCGCUCGUGCUCGUGCUUUUGGUCGAUCUUUGGGCUGCCUCGAGCAAUGCUCGCCUUGCAGCGGAGCAUGACUCCGCACCUUACUCGAAUCCUGCCGUGAUUCGAUGGAGCGCUUGUGUAAUUCCGUUUGGGGAGCAGUCAGGAGUUUUUGAGGUGCACGAGUAGUUUGCAUGCCCCAGGUGCUUGAUUCUCGUGUAGAUCUGGAGUAGGCUCGAAUUCUUGAGGUGCAGAAUUCGAAUUGGUGGCUUGAUUGCUUGCACGAUGGAGCUGGAUGGGAGUAAUGUCGGUCCGGUGAGUGAAAGUCAGCCGAAAGAUGUCAAAGCUCGGGUGAAGCAGGAGCCUAUUGAUCCUGUAGUUCUGCCGAAAGGGCAGCGUACGGGAACGACGGGUACAGCCAUUCGAGGCGAACCAAUAGCCCCGAAUCUGGGUGUUGAUUACGCGUUUCCUCCGCAUUUAGAAUACGCGUACCCUCCUCCUGAUGGGAAUAUAUUAACAAACAUUGUCAAUGCCCUCAUUGCUGUCCCUCGAUUCUACACUCAGCUCUGUUUGACCAGGUACUGCAUCUUAUGAACAAGAUGAAUUUGCCAGCCCCUUUUCGGCCUGCUCUACCAACACCUCCUCUCCCUCCUCCUGCUCCUGCGCAAAUUAUCCCAAAGCGUCAAGCCGGUGAUCUUUCAAGUGGAGAGUCUGAGCUGGAAUCAUCUGAGGAGGAGGAGGAUAGCGAGUUGGAUGGUACUUUUCCGGAUACCUCAACAUCCGAGAAGGAUGCUGAGAAGAAAGGAUCAUCCAGAAAGCGAAUGAAGAGAGAAGCAAUUUUGGGUCCAGCUUUAGACAAGGGAGCAUCCCAUGAGGCCGCCGGCUUGAAGACAAUCACAGUCUCCAAAGGUCUCACAAUAAAGAAAAGAGCACCUGUUUUGCAGAUUAAAAUCACUCCAAAGGGAACAAGUAAAGAGCCUGCAGAAGAGGCUAAAGAGCCGGAGGUAGGUCAGCCGGAGGUUGCAGAUGAACCCGCUGAACAGCGAACAACAGCAACUCAAGAAGAACUUGAGGCUGGAAAGCUGCAUGCGUCGGACAUGCUGUCCCUGCCCAUUUUUAAAAACUACGCUUCCGGCAACCCUACGCAGGUGUUGUAUAUAAAAAAUCUAUCCAAAGAUGUGACGGCGGAGGAUUUGUACUAUGUCUAUGGUGCAUUUUUCUCCAGUAGGAGUGAGGCUAUGCAACUCCUGAGCAUUAAGCUUAUGCAGGAAGGACGAAUGAGAGGUCAAGCCUUCGUCUAUUGGCCUUCAGUAGAUCUCGCGAAGAUCGCCCUUGCUGGGAGUCACGGGUACAUGCUCAAGGGCAAACCUAUGGUGGUUCAGUUUGGACGCAAUCAAGCUGCCUUUAAAGCGGAUGUAGCUGGAACGAGCACAAGAGCCGAUAAAUAAGCGUCCACAUUUCAUCUCAGCAGACAGUAGCGUGUGCAGGUCCUUCUGGCCUUUGACAGCUUAAUAUACAGUUCAAUACAAGCCCGUAAGUCUGGUAGACUGACAUACUGGCAGUUCGUGAACACGUUCUGAGGACUGCGCUGCGCAGUUGGCAAAGCUUUGUAGAGGAUGUCACUUGUUCAUCCUCAUGUUCCAUGUUCUCAAAGUGAACAUAACUUAGUAGCGAGACGCUGAGCAUGUCUUAUACCUUCUGCUUCAUGGAAGCCAUCUGUAUGUAAUUAUGAAGAAGAUUCUGACUGGUGUUCAAGAGCAGGAAUUGCGUGCUUUAGUAAGGUGUAUGUCACGACCACGGCUAUUUUUUCUUUGAUGGACGGAUAGGAAUGUCUUACUGUGAUAUUCUCAUGGAGUCAAAUGCAAAGUUUUAGUGUACGCAAAUCAAGAGUUGUUUAAGCGCCUUAGCUCGCGAGGGAUUAUGUAAAGAAAAUUUUGAGUACAGGAAAGGCGCAAGAGCCGAGAGGACUUCUAAAUGUGAAUCAUACACUUACGGAAAUUGAAAAUCGAGAAUGAAAGG